UUUUAAAUAUUUUUGAAAAAUUUUGGAAAUGGGUUUUAGUGGGAAUAAUGUUUGAGGGUUGAGAUCGCGAGAGUGUAAGGAGGGGUUGGUGAGAGAGUUUAGGAGUAAGAGAUGAGGAGUGGAAGGGCUUGGGUACUUGGAAGAAUCUGGAAUAGUGCUUACUGGAUGCUUGAGAAGGGAGGCAUAUAAUAUCAGGAUAUUUAUAAUCAAGCUUAUCUAAUACCAAAAAUAUAUCGCUACAAUAUUCUCUCUCCUAAGUCCCAACACUUUCUCUCACCCUACUCUCUAUUUCUCUGCCAAACUCCCAACUUUUCACUAUCCUUCCCAGUUCUAUUCCUUCUUGCUCCAAUCUACCCUCAGUAUUCUCUGUGUCCUCACCACAGAGACACAUUCGAGGCACCAUGAAGAGACCCUAGGCAGCCUAGACCAAGUAAUGAUCCACCCAGACCUUCAGGAGAGCUUGGAGAGAUAUAGAUGUCCUAAAGGGGCCUUGGCAAUUGAGUUUUGAGACUAGUAGUAGAUUUAGAUGCUACCAAGUUGAGGGCGUAGAAUCUGUAAUUGACGUGCAUGUGCCUUGCACUAAGGAAUUGAAGUUUUUGGCAAAAAUUCUUUAAGAAUCUUAUUUAGAAGCUGUUUUAAAGAGCUGGAGAAGUAGUCAAAGGCUUGAAAUAAUAUUAUAUAGAUGAUAAUUAUAUUAAAGGUGGUUUUAUUUAAAUAACCUAAUUUUGUGAUAUUUUGUUUAGAUUUAGAGUCAAAAUUUCAAUAGUCUAAUUUUUAAUUCAUUUUUAUUAAUUUUGCUAUACAAACCUUCAAAUUCUAAGAUUUCAGAGCAUAAAUAUAUUAUUUAUUUAUAAAUCUUACCUAAAAGAUAUAAAUAAACAUUAAUAAUUUUACAAUGGAAGAUUCCCAAGAAAUCAUUGAAACCAAGAGACAGGAAGUAUUGAAUUUUGAGAAAUCACAAGAAAAAUUGAGCAAAGAGAUAGCCCUUGAAAUUUGAAAUUCUACUUAUUACAAUACUCAUUUACAACAAAUGAAUGUGCGGCCGCUUGUCUUUGGGUCUAAUUUGAACAAAAAUGUGAAACUCAGUCCUCCACUGAAACUACUUUUUGAAGAUAGAACUGAUUUGCUAUUCUCUAAAGCCCUCCGCUCAAUAAGACUUUAUGACAUUAAUUAUUUGAUAUGCUACAACAUUUUAGAACAAAAGAGAAGUUGUAGAGCCUUUAUGAGCUGCUUAUUUCCUAAAUAAAGCAAGUAAUUUUCAAGUAACUAGCUCUUGGGUUUCUCAAGUGAAGUUUACAUCAAAUUUAAACCAUAUAAUUAAGAUAAGUCCCAGAGUGUUAAAUCUAGCUAUUUUCAGUGGCUUUAUUAUAAACGAAAGACAACUGAAAAGGUUACUAAGUUCCUUCAAGCAUGUUCAUAGAUUAUUCCUAAAAUACUGCAUAAUAUACCUCCCUAAUGCUCCAAACUUCUCAGCUUCUCUGACUAAUUGGAAGAUCACUAGGCUAUAUUUGGAAGAAUGAGACAUGUCUACUGGAAGAGAUGAGGAUAAAGAUCCUAAAGGAUUUCUCAAUCUAAUCGAGGUACUUACCACCUGUUCUGAUGUAAAAGUUUGCUUAAGAAAAGUGAUAACAGGAAGCUCUGUUAAAGAUUUGAGCAAGGCAAGAGAAAUAUUUAGUAAAAACGGAUUUGGCAAGGUUCAGAUUAUAGAAUAUGAGUAAGCAUCUGCCCCUCAACUGGUAUUUUUUAAUUUACUUUUUCAUACUUAAGUU